AUGACGCUCAAGACGAUAGCUCUGUGUCUGGUGGCUCUGCUUGUAUGCACAGAUGCCAGGCCGUUGCUGCCUGGGGUGGCGCUGGCCACCUACAACACGGGCGCCCCUCGCCAGACGGCGCUCCAGAUCGGCCCCGGCGCCGUGCCUGCCCCCGCCGGCUACCGCCUUCCUGACGGCGCUGCAAGCCAGGGCCUUGUGCCAGCGACCUGGAUGGGGUCGCUUUUCUCCUUUGGUGUGCCCGACUCAAUCGAUAUAGGACCCACGCAGACCCCCGUGACGGGCGUGCAGGGCCCCUGA